GGGAACAUUGAAGAUUUCCCGACGUUCUCUUUGUCUUUAAUUACGGAGUGGUUUGGAAAUUUGGUUGCUCUACAUAUUCUUGUAAUUUGGUGUUGCAAAUAUUCCUAAAUUAGUCGAACCGUUAAUCCAGCCGCCAGCACUAGUGAAGUCAUCGCGACAAAAUUAAGAUGCCCAGCUUGAAAGUGAUAGAAAACAGCAAGACCAGCACUCCGGAAUCCUUCGCCAAUGCAGCGGAAAGCGGAGGCCCCGAGGAGUGCAUUGCCUCGAAGGAAGCUGUUAAUCACUCGCAAAGCGCUUCCAAUUCCUCCGGAACCAAUAACGGGAACGGCAAAGAGCAGCCGGCAAACCCGCUGCAGCAAAUUGUAUUGAUUAUCGAGCAUAAAAUUCGCAAUUUGGAGAAGCGUAAGAAUAAAUUGGAAUCCUACAAGUCAAUCGAGAAAUCCGGCAAAAAGCUCACCGGCGAUCAAAAAACUGCUGUUUCCAAGUACGAUGAGUGUUUGACUUCUCUGGAAUUGACGCGAGAGCUCUGUAAGCAGUUUCAACCAAUUGUUGCGUUGGCCAACAAGGAGGCGAAAAAGGAAGCUAAACGGAGUGUCUUCGUCAGAGCGCAGCAGGAGAACGCAAAGAUUCGAGAAGUCUUGAUCAUCCAGGACGUUCUGAAGCGCUUUACCGAGGACAGCGUACGUGAGGAUUUCCGUCAGGGAACAAAUGGAGCGUGUAAGAUUGCAGACAGUGACUUACUCCUGCUGGAACAGCUAUACGAUGAGACGUUGGCGAAGCGUCCGAAAAAUUCGGCCGAACCAACGUUUGUUACCGCAGUAAAGCAGGCAGCCGACCACUUUUCGGCAAUAGUGGAUGGCCGAAACAAACCUUUUGCGGACGUUACUUACGUGCAUCUCAAAAACGUCAUUACUGAGAUUCAGAACUGUGGAUAUUUUGAAAAGGACAUAAUCACGGUGCAGGAAGAAGAAAUCGAGAACGUCGACGAGAAGGAAGAGGUGGUGGAGGCGGAUGAUAUCGGUUUGAAUGAUGAGCCCCAGGAAUUGGAACCCGCGGUAGAACAAAUUAGUUUACCGAAAGUGGAAUCGGAUAUAGUGUCUUCGGUACCCAUGCCACUGGCCACUGAGGCCCCAAACAUGAAAGUAUUUGCCGAAGCCCCCGCAGCAACUGCAGUUCCAACCCCAUCGUUUUUAACUCAGCCAACUAUGGUUCGCCAAGCUGUCCCAAAUCCUCCUGCACCUGUCCCUGAAAUUGCAGCUGCUCCCCUCCCUGUUGCUCCGACUGUUCAUUUGCCCGCGCAGCACAUCAAUUCCAACAGCGUACUUCCUGCGAAUACGCCGAACAUGCUUUCAGCUGCCCCCAUCAUUGUUCCUACUGGUCCUGUGACUGUGCCUAUGAUGCAACCCGCCGCAAGCGGUCCAUUGCCUCAAGUUCCGGGACAACAGCUCAAUGCUACCACUGUUCAAGCCGUCGAGAACGCGUAUUUCAAACAGCAUUACAUUCAGCAACAGAUGCGUCCUAUUCAUGAGGUGAUCGGCACUGGAAACUUCUUUUUCUUACAAGAGUCGGAAAUCGACAAGCCGGACGUUAUUUCCUCGGCGGUUUCUUUCGGCAACCCAAUGAGUUCAAGUAACGUCACCCCUCAACCGCCGCAUCCGCAAGUGCUCAUGGGACAGACAACCAAUGCUUCCAAUCAUACUCCCGUCGAUCCGCAGGGCCUAUCUGCUCAACCGUCACCAGCAAUGAUCGCCCCUCAGCAACCCAGCAUCAUUAUGGGCACGCAGCAACAGAACUUCAAUAACCAACCCUUCCAGAAUUUGGCAGCUACCACCGUUAAACCCUUCAAUCAUGUGAUCCAACCACAAGCAAUGGAAAAUGCAAGACCUUUAAGUCAACCAAUAAACACCAUCCCACAUGCGAGGUCACCGGUCGCUUCGAAAGCUCCAGAGCUUGGUCAUAUUCCAGGAUUUACCACAAGCCAUACGACGGUAGUGCCAACGCAAUCUGUUGCCGCAAAGGAACAAAGCUCACCCUCAAUGCCACAAUCCAUUCAAGAAGACCCACAAAGCAACGCACAAAGACAGUCGGUGCAUAAAACGCAACUGCCACAGCAAACUCCAAUCAGUGGACAGCAGCCUACCGCUGGUAUGAAUGCACAUUUCAACUCUAAUUUGCAACAAUAUCCUACGUUAGUUCCAAACAUGCAUGAACCGUCUAACGCGGCUGUGAAUACCAACUUAACGCAAAACCUUCCCGGCCUAAUGGUUGACGCCACUGCGGACAAAUUAAAGACUUCGCUCAACUUAUCUGACAAAUACCCUAUGAAUCAAUCGCAUUUAAACCAACAACAACAACAUUCAAAGUUGCGUCACGACGAAUGGAACAGAUCGACGCCUGAUUACGUACCCAAUGUGCCGAAAUCGGACGAUCAGUGGUCCAACAGCUCGCUGGGCAGGGGCAGUGGCCCGGAAAGUGGUCCCAACAGUAAGACCCAGUACAGCAUGACCAGCCAGCAGAAGCCGCAGCCAGUAUCAUCUAUUGCGCACGAGAGUAGUGCGGCGUCUGUGAACGAGCCAAGCAAACGGCACGAGCAGAAUGACAAUAUGGCAUCGGGAUAUGUCCCGGGUUUACAGGGCGCGCACGAAACUACGCAUUCCACGCAUCAGCUACACCAGGCAGGGCAUCGUAACGCUCGCAGUACCUCCAACUCUCAAUAUCAGCAAAACAAUGGGACGAAUGCACGUUUCGAUAAUGGAAUGAGCAAUUCUUCAUCGACGUUCUUCAAAAACAACGAGCGAUUUUACCAACAGAAUCAAACAAGUAAUUACGGAUCCAACAAGUCUGACUCGUCGUACCAUCAGCGAGGCUCAAUGUUCAAAAACCGGAGUGACAACAACGGUAACCCUCAACCACGUGGUGCGAGCUACAGCUCUGCCGCAGGCGGCACUAACCAAUCGACUGGAGGCGUGACCAACAACGGCAGUAACAACAAUAACACCAACAACAACAGUGGUAACUUUGGUAGCGGCAUGGACUACCGAUCGAACGCUCGCCCCGUGAACAGCACGAGGAACACGGGGCCACCGUCAGCGCGGCCACAUCAACGUAAUCAUUCCGGUAACAGCUACGGCGGUCCACGUGGGGGAUCGAACUCUAGAGCACAAUCGUCUAUUAAUGCGUAAGCGUUCGGAGAAUAUGAUGUGGUUGAGACGCUUUGGAAACUAAUGAUCUACGCGUAUGUAUUUGCUGUAUUUGUAGUGACGACAAGAUAUUUUCUAAGCAAAUAGAAAUACUUCAUACUAAUUUUAACAGAAAAAUAUUCAAAUUAAGUCAAAUACAUCCUAUACAUCAUGCUAAUUAUUCAAAUAAGUCUACUUUGCUUUCCAUUGAACUCUGUAUUUUGUAAGCAAAUAUAGCAAGGUAAAAAUAAACACUUUGAGUGUAAUCAGCAUA